AUGGCCGCGACACUCCCCGAAACAUUCACACUCAACACCGGCGCCAAAAUUCCCGCCGUCGGCUUCGGAACAUGGCAAGCAGCGCCCAAAGAAGUCGAACGAGCAGUCGAAAUCGCGCUUCGAGAAGGCUACAAACAUAUUGACUGCGCAGCUAUCUAUCGCAACGAGACCGAGGUUGGUCAGGGAAUCAAGAAGUCUGGAGUACCUCGUGAGGAAAUUUUUAUUACGAGCAAAUUGUGGAAUACAAAGCAUCGCCCCGAGGAUGUUGAGGCCGCGCUGGAUAAGACGUUGAAAGAUUUGGGCGUUGAGUAUGUGGAUUUGUAUUUGAUGCAUUGGCCUGUCGCUUUCAAACCUGGCGACAAAUGGUUCCCCCUUGACGACGAGGGCGUCUUCCAACUCGACGACAUAGAUUUCGUCACCACUUACAAAGCUAUGGAAAAACUCCUCGCAACAGGCAAAACUAAAGCCAUCGGCGUCUCAAACUUCAAUAUCCGCCGGCUCAACGAGCUUCUUCCACAAGUCUCCGUCGUGCCAGCCGUCAAUCAAAUCGAGGCCCAUCCCUACCUUACUCAAACGGAUCUUUUCCAAUACUGCAAGGAGAAGAAUAUUCUGAUUGAGGCUUAUUCGCCGCUUGGAAAUAACCAAAACGGCGAGCCUAGGACCGUCGAUGAUCCACUUGUUCAUGAGAUUGGUGUUCGAUUGGGUCUUGAUCCUGGUGCAGUUUUGUACAGUUGGGGUGUCCAGCGUGGGACCGUGGUAUUACCUAAGAGCGUGACGCCGUCACGCAUUGCUUCAAAUCUGCAUGUCAAGGCACUUCCUGAGGAUGCCAUUGCGCAAUUGGAUGGUAUGGAGAAGCACAAGAGGUUCAAUUUCCCGGCGCACUGGGGAUAUGAUAUCUUCGAUGAGGCUGGUGAGGAAGCUGUGAAAAAGGCUGCGCGCGAUGCUGCGCCGACGAAUAAGGUUAAAUUUAUCGUAUAG